GCACGCGGAAGAGUGUGUUUAUGUACGGGAACGUGCGGUCCUGGUGCUCGGGCAUUACAACCCGAGAACUGUCAACUUCUGCUCUAGAUAGAGUUCAACUACUGAUUCAAGUUACAUGUAGCAGCUGGUUAAAGGCUAGCGAGUUUAUUUGAUUAGCAAUGGGAGCUAACAACAGUACGCGUCGCGUGUCUUUCGAGUCGGAUGAGAAUGACAACAUAACGAUAGUGAAGGGCAUAAGGCUCUCAGAGAAGGUCAUCGACCGCAUGAGGGAGCCCUCACCAGUCCCACCACAGGCCCAGUCAUCCCCCAGAACCCCUCCUGCUGCUCCGCCUGUGGUUGAUCCUCUGCCAGCACUGGUGCCAAUAUCUCCUCCAUUUGACCCUGUCACCUCCCUCCCACCUCCUUCCCUGCCAGAGGCGGUAAAACUCCCCUCACCUCCCCCUGUAGAAGCAGUACCACCACCACCUCCACCUGUGACCGAGACUGUUUCCUCCCCUGCACCACCUCCACCUCCCUCAGUUGAAUCAGUGGGUGUUGCAUCAGCCCAUGCAGGUGAGUCCAUUGCUCCACCUGCUGCUGCUGAUGAGCUUAAUACAACCCCUCCACCUGUGGAAACAAUUGCCCUGCCUUGCUUUGCCAAGUCCAGCCCCCCUCCUCCCCCUGCUGAAUCUGCUGCUGUCCCUCCUGCUUUUGAGCUAUUCACACCCGUGGAGUCUAUUCCUACCCCUCCUAUAACUGAGACUGUCACCCCACCUCCUGAUACUGAACCUGUUUCUUAUCCACCCAUAAAAAUAACUGCCCCCUCCCCUUCAGCUGAACUUGUUUCCCCUGCUGCUUCUGCCGCUGAAACUAGUCCCCACACUCCUCCAACUGUAGAAGAACCAGUGGCUACUCCACCACCUCCAGCUGUGGAUGAGUUUGAGCUGAGGAGAAAGAUCACUGAAGAACUGCAGAAAGGCCUGGAGGAAGAGAGAAGAAAAGCACAAGAGGAGCUGAACCAGUGGCUGAAAGAGGAAAAGUCCCAGGCACAUGAACAGGCACAGGCAGAAGCUCGAGCCCAUGUAAAAGACGAAGUGUACAGGAUCCUGGCCCUGGAGAAAGCCAGUGCAGAUGAGAACAUCCAGAAAGCCAUAUUGAAAGAGAGAGUCACCGCCGAGGAUGAAAGACUACAAGCUCAGAUCUACGCUAGACAGCUGGAGGAGAGAGACAAAGAGCUCAGGAAGCAGGAUGCCUUCUACAGAGAGCAAGUGGCCAAGUUGAAGGAAAGGAGUGCCCAGUUCUACAAGGUGACCAACGAGAACUAUCACAAGGCAGCAGAUGAUGUCAAUGCCAAGUUCAAGCGAUAUGAAAUUAGUCCAGUGUGCACCAACCUUCAGGGUCAGAUUCUCAAGUGCUACAGGGAAAACGCCGGAAAGACUCUGCUCUGCUCCAACAUCGCUUCACUCUACUUGCAGUGUGUCAACAAUGCUAAACAGGAAAAGUUGAGGACUGGGGGUUAAGUCUCCUAGCAGGAAGCAAGGGAGACCUGUUUGUAUCCUUGAUCUCACCGUUUAUCGACUGUUGCUAAGGAAAGACACCAUCCAGAGACACACCUGAUGCACUGGAGCAAGUACUGAACCAGAAACAUCAGUAAAAAGAAAGCUAGACACCCUUGAACCUGUUCCUUUUUCCUCUACCUUUUCCCUUCACUUUACCCUUACUCCCUCCCUCCCUCCUGUCAUUUCCCCUUCCUCCAGAAAUGGGAAAUUGGUAUCACUUUCUGAAAUGGACAGAACAGAAUCAGAACCAUGUAGUCCAGCAAAGUAAGCAGCGGUGAUCGUAGGUGGACCAGCAAGUAUUUCGUCUUGGUUCUCCAAGGACAGCUCACAGUAAAUAGAACCCAACUAGAAUACCCUGCAUUGGCGAUACUAUACCAGUCUAGUCCAAGAACCACGGAACUGGUGGCUUUGAAAUUCUAGUUUGUUCUUGAUUUGGUCAGUCUGGCUGAGAAACACAGAUUGAAUGUUACUUAUCUAACCAUCAUGCCUAAGAUCCACCCUGCUAACCCAUCACCACCUUCCACCACUCAUCUAUUGCAUUAGACACAUGUUCAAGAUAUUCAUUGUGUUUUUGUGUGUAAUGUUCAUAUUCUAGUUUCUUUGUUUUGACUUGUCACACAAGAGGCAUCAGGUCUGAGCCCCUGAUCUGCUUUAAAGAAUAAACUACUCAAACCUUAAA